CUUCUCAGUAGUUGCAAACACGUUAAUGAGCUUAACUUUGUGAUCGUCAGUGCUAUGAAAAUAGAAAUGCGGUUUAGAGCAGCCAGUUUAACCGGCCAGAGUUAAGACUACAAGAAGGGUCGCCGCCGAGCCUAUCGGGUCAAUCUGUAGCCGAGCAGGUCGUCGCUCUCGAGCUCAGGAAUCGGAUGUUUUGAAUGGCCUAUUAGGAACCUGAGGAAAAUGAAGUUACUCUUUACUAUCAUAGUUUACUUGACUUGGCUGGGUGCGUCCUGGUUCAUUCAUGCUCAAAAUGAAGACAACUUUGUUCAGGAAACUCUAAAACAAUUGUCCACUAGAGGAGAGAAAUAUGUAAAUGAGGAACUGCAGCGAGCUUUAUCUGGUGUAAAGCAUAUGAAGAAAGUUAUAGAUCAAAAUGCAGAAAAGCAUGAACAUCUCAUUUUGUCAUUGAAGCACAGCAGUGAAAAGAAGCAGAGAGCACUUCAGCUUGCUAAUGAUGUUCAACAAAAGUUGCAAGACGCAGAGGAUCAGUGCAAGGAAGCCUUACAAAAUUCUUGGGACGACUGCAAGCCUUGUCUUAAAGAUACCUGCCAAACAUUCUUUACAUCAAAUUGUCGUAGAGGCUUUUUUUCAUUUUCUGCCAAGGUGGAGAAUUUUUUUCAAGAGUUUUCACCUUUCCUUAGCACCUUUGACAACCAAGACAUUUUAGUGAAUCAGAAUGAAGAAAGUGGUGAUAACGUGCUGGCACAUAUGGAAGAUUCUUUUAAAGAAAUGGUUUCUGAAGUGAGCAUGUUGUUUGACAGAAGCGUGUCUCUCUUUUAUAAACUGCAUGAAGAAUUUGAUCAGUCUUUUCAAGCUGCCUUUAUUUCAGGCCUAAAUGUGGAGGGUGCACAGAAGAAAAAGAUACCACUUAAUGAUGUUGAUUCUACUCAGGGAUUCCUUGAAGGUUUGACACUGGAAAAUGUGAUGGAGUCUUUCUUUGAUUUUGGAAAAGCAAUUUUUGAAGAGUUUAGCUCUGUGGUUACAGAAGUGCUUGAUGAAUUUAAUGAUACUGUGACUGAAGAAGAAGAACACGAAGAAGGCAAGUUUCUAUCAGAAUUUGGCAACCUUUAUUACACAACAUAUUAUUAUUAUUUAUUUAUUACAGAUCCAGAAAAGGAAAAUCUUUCUUCUAGGAUAAUGAUCAGACCAAACAAGAACCUGUGCAGAGCCCUCCGCAGAAAUAUCUCAGAGUGCUGGCACUUGCAAAGCAAAUGUUAUUUAUGUCAGGAGCCUUUGUCACAAGAAUGCUCCAGUGUUCCUGAGUUGCGUUCCAAGCUCAGUGAAAUCUCACAGCUUAUGAACAUCUCUAUUCAGCAAUACGAGGAAGUACUUCAGAUAGUCCAACAGCAUGCUGAGAACACGGGUAGCUGGUUCAAGCACAUGGCAGACAGUUUUGGCUGGGUGGCUGAACUUGUUAAUGCUUCAGUGGAUUCUGACAACAUGUUCAACAUCACAACUGUUUUGCCUCAAGGAGAUGAGACGGAUCCAAUGAGCACUUCAGAUACCACAGUGGAAGUGAACCUGUUAAGCUCCCCCACUUUCACCUUUACUGUGCCUGGUGGAUUAAAAGUACAAGACCCUGCUUUUGUCAAAUAUGUGGCUGGAGAAGCUUUGGAACACUACAGAAAGCUAUUUAAGCAUGAUGUUCCUUGAAGAAGCAAGGAUUGGAAGUGUAUCUUAUUUAUUGCUAAGAAAAAAAUAUUUUCAAUGUAUUGCAACAUAAAACAGACAUUUAAGGUAAUAAGUACUGUAUUCAAUAAUUUGUUACAAAUGUAUAAUGUAGCUUACAAAAACUUACAUUAAUGCAGUUAAUAUUUUAAAGUAUUAGGACAAGUUAUGCUGCCCAGCUGGUCUGUUGAUGGGCAUAAUCAUCAUUAAACUAAUAAAUGUGCUUUGUGAAAAA